UGUGCUGUCCCUUUAAAUAUUUCGUGACGUCACGGUCUCCGUCUGCUCUAUUGUCCCAGCCUGUUUUGGUACAGUGAGUUCAGAGCAUAAACGUUGAAGACUUCAAAGGAAAUAGGCAGAAAGCAACUUGUGUAGAAGUAUUUUUAUUGACAUUUUCUGUGUUCGAGGAAACGACAGUGAUGCCAUCCGACAGACCUUUCAAGCAAAGACGGACAUUCGCGGACAGGUGCAAAGAGGUGCAGCAAAUUCGGGAGCAGCACCCCAACAAGAUUCCGGUUAUCAUUGAGCGUUAUAAGGGCGAGAAACAGCUGCCUGUCUUGGACAAAACCAAGUUUUUGGUGCCGGAUCACGUCAACAUGAGCGAGCUGGUGAAGAUCAUUAGGCGCAGACUGCAGCUGAACCCCACCCAGGCCUUCUUCCUACUGGUCAACCAACACAGCAUGGUCAGCGUCUCCACCCCAAUCUCGGAGAUUUACGAGCAGGAGCGGGACGAGGACGGCUUCCUUUACAUGGUGUACGCCUCCCAGGAGACCUUCGGCUGCUAGGGUGGGAGGGGUCUGGCCAAAAGCGAUCAGGGGGGUAAGGGCGGGGUGAGGGUAUAAGUGUGUGUGGGGGGGGGGAGGGUUAGUAGAGGGAGAGAGAAGGAAAUCACGCAGAGAGAGAUGUGGCUCGAGCCCACAUGCUUUUGACAGACUGCUCCCCUUUACUCUCACAUGUUAUUUUUCUUUCUGUCUCGCUCUCGUUCGCUCACCCGCCCAGCCCCACCCCUUCUUUGACCUCCGCCACUUCCUGCAGUGUCCCUUGAGAUGCUGUCAAUAAACAAGCAACAUCAUCAUCAUGUCGUUUUACACCACACACUGUGUACGGAAGCACUACUGCUACUGGUGCAAGUCUACCCUCUGCUGUUUGACAUUCUACUCAAGCCUACCCCCAUUUCCCCAUCCCCACCUAGUUAAACUGGUUUGAGUGUGUUUAAGUAGGGAUGCGUUUUUUUCCUAACAUCUUUAUUUUGUUGCGUUGUUGCCCCAGAAAUGGGUUUGUUUCAAUAGCCAGGAAGUCUUUUUAAUAGGGGGCAGCUCUAUAAAUAGCAGUGAUGCCUCAUGUCUUCUUGUAAAUAGGUCAGGCAGAGAUGCAGUGAUCUUUGUCUCCGUUUGUUUCUCUCUUUGUUUCCAUCUCUUUGAUUUGUUUCGUUUUAGCCCCUUGCGUUUGUGUAUCUGCUUUGUAGCUACGCCAUGUGCUUCUAGGUGCUGUCAAAAACCAAAUGGUUGGUUUAUUCUUUCGUUUCAGAAUCAUGCGCAAACCUUCAGAGGGUAUAGGUGAGUAGUGUAGCUGCCAGGCCCGACUUCACUUUGAGGUCUCUAACAUGCCUUGACACUGUUCAACAGAAAUGGCAUCCUUUGCCCUGGCUGAGAGAGGCUUGUCAUGCUUACACUUGAAUCUAACUGAUUGAAAAAGAAAGGGCUGAGCGUUCACUGCUGAUGAAAUCGAAGCGCAUCCUUGUUUUGCUCCUUUAGUUCAAACACUAAUUGUAUAACACAUUGUGUAUAACUUGCCUCUUUAGUUAUAAUUUGUACUUAAAGUGGCAUCAGAAUGGAGACAAAAUAAUCCCAAGUAAUUUCUUUUAAAAACUUCUUUUAAAUAUUUUUCCUCAUCUUUUCAGAGUCCUUCGUUCUCUUAGCGUUUGUGUCUAUCCUGUGUGUGAGUGAAAGCACAGUCUGAUAUGGCAAGGGCUCAUUGAGAGUGAUCUUUGACACACCUGUAGACUUUGUCAUGCUAGCUUCAUCUCCGUCUGCAGUAACCCCCAGCAAGCCAAUGUGAACACUAGAGGCGCUCUGACUUUUUGACUGGCGAGGGAGGGGAGAUGCUUGCCUAAUACAUUACUUUGCGUCGAGUGAUGUCAGCCGAUCUACUCUAUAAUGUAGGAAACAAAACAAAAAUAUGCUUUUUUUGCACAAAAAAUAACUGUUAAAAGAUAAACUGUAUUAAAUCUAGAGAAGAAAUAAUUACAAUAGCACAUCAUUGUACUCUUUUAUAUCUGCUUCUUUCCUGGGACACCAUAUAAUAAGUAUGCCUUCUGUCAGAACUUUAUAAAUGAAGGGUUUGUGGUUCUCUACUUACCUGCAUGUUUCUUUUCUCUACUUGUUUUUUAUAUAUAUUGAUUUACGCUAUAGAUUUGGUAAUUAUUUUAACUUUAUUUAAAGAGGAAAUUAAAGUCUUUUUAGAUGUGUCCAACCAAAUGUAAAAAAACAACCCUGAAACCUGUAUGUGUACUGUAUGUAUGAUUGAAAUGUUUGAAACACAAAUGUGUGUAUAAACCAUUAUAUAAGCAACGUA